AUGGCACCUAUGUUGAUGAUUAACUGUCCACAUAUUUUUGGAAACUUAGACUUUGUUGGUUUUGUUAUCCAGGGAGAACAGGGUGCGCAGAUAAUUGUUGUGCCAGAACUCGUUGAAUUUCUCAUUUCAACUCUGGUUAAGGUUCGUAAUGUUCCUGUAACUUGCACCAAGAUACCAUUAAUUUCUCUUGAUUAUGAACCGCCAAGAACAAAAUCAUUCAAAACUGUAGAAUUAUCGCUAAGAGUUGAUGCACUAGCUAGUGCUGGAUUUAAGAUCUCACGUUCAAAGCUAGUUGACAUGAUCAGCAAUGGUGAUGUGCGUGUCAACUGGAUCCCUGUUACUACCAAAGGAACCACACUCAAGAGUGGAGAUAUUGUAUCAGUUAGUGGAAAGGGAAGAUUAAAGAUAGGACAAAUAAACUCCACAAAGAAAGGAAAGUUCGCAGUGGAACUCAUUCGGUAUUUGUAG